CAACGACAGGGACGAUUAAACACAGACUAUUAAAUAUUAAUUUCGUUACGAUAAUUUUAUUGCUUUGAUAAAUUUAAAAUAAUAAGUACCUGAAAGUGAAUAACUGAGUCACUUUUUGAGCUUGUUUAAGUUUGUUUGUUACCUGACAUAAUGGCCGACAACUUCCAAAACAAAACCAUGGCAUCAGUUAUGAUGGAUUAUGAAUUUAAAAUGAAAACUCAAAACGAACGAUCCAAAGUUGAGGACUUGUUUGAUUAUGAAGGUUGUAAAGUUGGAAGAGGCACCUACGGCCAUGUUUAUAAAGCCAGGAGAAAGGACGGUUCGGAUACUAAAGAUUACGCCCUCAAACAGAUUGAGGGAACUGGCCUUUCUAUGUCGGCUUGUAGAGAAAUAGCGUUACUCCGAGAAUUGAAGCAUUCAAAUGUUAUUAACCUUAUACGAGUAUUUCUAUCACACACAGAUAGAAAAGUAUGGUUGUUAUUUGAUUAUGCGGAGCAUGAUUUAUGGCACAUUAUAAAGUUCCACAGAGCUGCGAAGGCUAACAAGAAAUCUGUAAUGGUCCCUAAAGGCAUGGUGAAAAGUCUACUUUAUCAAAUUUUAGAUGGCAUACAUUACUUGCAUUCUAAUUGGGUUUUACAUAGAGAUUUGAAACCAGCCAACAUUUUGGUAAUGGGUGAAGGGCCAGAAAGGGGCAGGGUGAAGAUUGCUGAUAUGGGAUUUGCGAGACUAUUCAACGCGCCGUUAAAACCACUUGCCGACUUGGACCCUGUGGUUGUCACAUUUUGGUACAGAGCACCUGAGCUGUUGUUAGGCGCAAGGCAUUACACUAAGGCUAUAGAUAUAUGGGCAAUAGGAUGUAUAUUUGCAGAGCUACUAACGUCAGAACCAAUAUUUCACUGCCGCCAAGAAGAUAUCAAAACAAGUAAUCCUUACCACCACGAUCAAUUGGACAGGAUAUUUAACGUCAUGGGCUUCCCACAGGAGAAGGAUUGGGAAGAUAUAAGAAAAAUGCCAGAGCACGCCACCUUAGUGAAAGACUUCAAAAGGUCAAACUACCAAAACUGCUCACUCAGCAAAUAUAUGGACCGGCACAAAAUUAAACCAGACAGCAAGGCAUUUAGUCUUCUACAAAGGCUUUUGCUAAUGGAUCCCAACAGAAGAAUAACUUCCGAACAGGCCAUGCAAGAUCCUUAUUUCUCCGAGGAUCCUUUACCAACGCAGGAUGUCUUCGCCGGCUGUCCAAUACCUUACCCAAAGAGGGAGUUCUUGACAGAUGACGAUCAAGAUGAUAAGAGCGAUUCCAAAGCGCGGCAAAAUCAACAGCAACAGCAGCCCAAUACACAGCAAAACCAAGUGCAAGCUAACAACCAUGAUCAUGCAGCCAACAAUGCUAAGAGAAUGAGAAUGUCAGGCCAAAAUCAAGGCAACAACACCGGCGGGGGUGGUCAACAGGAGUUCCACCAACAACAGCAGAUGAUGUUCGGUGGCCAACAACAAGGGUCUAGUAACCAACAACAAGGCAACUUUCAGCAAAGGUUUUAGAAAGUCUAACUCCAAACCACCACAAAUUAUUGAAUGGAACUGGAAUUCCUACGACAACUAUGAACUGUGGGCAACAAGGAAAAGAUUUAAACACAGAAGAGGUCAGAUAGAGGUUUUCCAACAACUAUAUUAUGGCUUUAGAUGGUCAAAAACAAGAAGCAAGCACAUCACAACAAUGACAUUUUUAGCAAAGGUUUUAGACUUUAAUUGACUCGUGAUAACAUUGUUUUCUAGAAAAUUAUCCAAUAUCGUUUGACAAUAUGGCACGGGCGCGCAACAACAAUGAGUUCCGAAGGCAAAAAUAUUAUGUGUGACCCCGGCUCCACAAGUUGGUUCCAUCGUUGGCAGCAAUGUGUGACAGUAAUUCCCAAUGUUGGUGCCACUGUUGGGGCCAAAAAAUUUGCCGAUCAACACUUUCGCAUAACAGCGUUGGAAGUUGGUGAUGACGGUCUGUUAAUCUUGAUAUUUUUGUAAAUACUAGUGAAUAAGGUGUAGUUUAUUUUGAAACACAAUGAAUUAAAUAAAAUAUUGUCCUUUUGUAAAUCA